GCUCGCAUCAUUUGUGUGAAGACGUGACGCAUGACAUGCGACGGAUGAGUAUUCCACCACACACACACACACCCCACACUCAGCAACAAAUGUGUCUUAUCGAACACCAAAAACCGUCACAUUUAGCACGUAGCAACAGACACAUCGACAUCGCCCCACACCACACAGCGCCCCCCAACCAGCCACCCUCACUAACAAUGCACAUACACUAACUAACCCCGCAGCACAUCAAUCAGCUCUGUGAAGUCCGUCACGAACCAAUCUGCCCCCUCCUUGACGGCCUUGCGCACCGACACACCCCCAUACCCGAUGAACACACUCGCAGGCGGCCGCGCCUGCAGGUCGGUCGCGCCGUCGCCCACCAUGACAACAUUCAGGCCUUUGCCGCUCCCUUUGUUGGCCGUGUUGUGUGCCGAUGUGUUGUUUCCCUGAAUGAUGGCCGCCACAGCCUCGGCCUUGCCGCCGUCGCGAGAGGUCGGUGCAGAACGGUCAAACCUACACACACAGACACACGAUGCACACAGACACGCGUCCUUGCAUUCACUGACACACCGAGUUGGCCUUCGCCCCGGUUUGCCCACCCUGCGUAGUUGCCAUGAGUGUCGAAGUAGAGCUCAUUUGCGUAGAUGUUGGUGCGGGGGAUCUUGAGAGCGUCUGCGAGCGGCUCCAGCAGGAACCGGAAGCCGCCCGACACCAGAUAGACCGCCGUGCCGCGACGCUGUAGCAGGGAUACCACCUGCUCAAUGCCUGAUUUGCCACGGCAUGCCAUUCACACACAUGAGUGACUAACAUGCAUGUGUGAAUCAGCCACACGUGCGUACCUGACGAGAGUUUGAUGUCGUGUGUGUUGAUGAAUCCCUCCACAUCCGCCCUGGUCGGCUGCAUGAGCUGCAGCCGCCGCUCCAGCGCGUCCUCGUACUUCAUCCCGCCCUCCAUGGCCUCGCGCGUCAAGGCAGCCACGCCCUCGCUCUUGUCCAGGUAGGUCGCGAACUCAUCUAUCGCCUCGUACGUCAGCACCGUCGAGUCCACAUCGAAACAUACGAUGUCCGCAUCCCUCAGCGCCGACUUGGCCGAGUCGAUGCGACAGGGAGCUGCCGAACGGUGGCUGGCGCACAGUGCGCCGGCAGAUUGCUCGUCUGGUGGGCAGGAGGAUGUAGCAGUGGCAAGAGCUGCACUCAUGUGACGAGCGGUGGUGGAAGCGGCACUCAGGAGGCGGCGAGAUCUGGCAAGAGAGGCUGAAGCGAGGAUGAGAAUGAAGACGACGAUGCGCAGUAAGGCACGACGCCUCACGGCCAUACACCUUCGCCGCGUGAUGGCGGUGAGUGUUCUGAUCUUCGGC